UAGUUUGGUUUGUUUCAGAGUGACAGAAAAAAUGGUGAAGAUAACUCUGGGUAGCUUCAGUGACUCUUUCAGUGUCGCUGCCAUCAAGGCUUAUAUAGCCGAGUUCAUCGCCACUUUGCUUUUCGUCUUUGCCGGCGUCGGAUCAGCCAUAGCUUACGGUGCCGUUACAAAGGAUGCGGCGUUGGAUCCGGCGGGGCUUGUGGCGGUGGCGGUGGCCCAUGCAUUCGCACUGUUCGUCGGAGUUUCCGUGGCGGCCAACAUCUCCGGCGGCCAUUUGAAUCCAGCUGUCACCUUUGGAUUGGCCAUUGGAGGCAACAUAACCGUCUUAACUGCUCUCUUGUACUGGGUUCACCAAAUGCUGGGAUCCUUGGUCGCUUGCCUCCUCCUCAAAUUUGUCACAAGUGCCCCGACCGUUCCUGUCCAUGGACUUGCGUCAGGAGUGGGAAUUUUUGAGGGCAUAGUGUUUGAAAUUGUGGCCACUUUUGGACUGGUUUACACUGUGUAUGCCACAGCGGCUGACCCCAAAAAGGGCUCUUUGGGCAUUAUUGCACCCAUCGCAAUUGGGUUCAUUGUGGGUGCCAACAUCUUGGCCGCCGGCCCAUUCAGCGGCGGCUCAAUGAACCCGGCCCGUUCAUUCGGCCCGGCCGCUGUAUCCGGGGACUUCACCAGCUACUGGAUCUACUGGGUCGGACCCUUGAUCGGUGGCGGUUUGGCCGGGUUGAUUUACGGUGACAUAUUCAUUGGCUCAUAUGCUCCUGUUCCUACCUCUGAAGCCUACCCUUGAUGAGUAGUUAUUGUUUGUGUUUCCAAUUUGUUCAUCAUUUGCUGUCUUGUUUUUGUGUGGAAGUUGUGCUUUUGAUUUCCACUUAGCCAAGGAGCUUUGAUUUGGCUUUUGGUGAUAAGAACGUAAUUAAAUUGGCAAAUUAAAGCCGAACGAAGCUCUAUUUAUUUACCAUAUAAGUUCAUGGAAGAAGCAUUAAAGUCCGCAAAGUUACGUGCUUA